GUCAUCCCACUACAGAGACUUAGUUUACUUUACAUUCUCUUCGAUCUUUUGUGUACUUACGUUGAUUCCAGUUAACCGCUUUUAAUUUUGAAGAUAUUUGGAUUUCAAACCUUGAGAGAAGUAGGUACAUCAAUUCAACUCACCGUUAGCGUACAUAUACCUAGUCAAGGUUAAGCUCGGUGAACUGCCAAGGAACAAAGACAUCGGCCAAUAUCAAUUUGAGUUCUUGAAUAGAUUAUCUGGGUAAAGCAACCAAGUGAGGAAAAUUGAAGUCUGCCCUUUCAAGAAAAAUCAAUUACAAAAUCCGUCGGUCAAUAGUAACAAGCGCAACUACUCGAGAGGUAAGACAUGCGCCAGAGACAUGAUGAUCUUGCUCAAUAAACCAUGACAAUGGGUGGUAACAAUUCUGAAGCCAGCUUCAUGAACAAUGGCCACACUAUGCCCAACGGCGGUCAUAACGGUAGUCGGCUCACUCUGAGUAAUGAACUUUCAAGGCCGGGUCUACUGAGAAUUGGGAGAUUCAAGUUCAGAGCAAAGACGGAUGAUCUACCACAAGAUUGGUGGGUUGCAUCAACUGCAUUCCCUCUCAUCGCUGCCACAAUUGGACCCUUGGCAAAUGUUUUGUCAAUCUCCGCUCUGGUUACAAAAUGGAGGGCUGACCUACCCGAUGAUGGACAAUUGCCAUUUGGUGCUGACGAAAAUGGCGUUGGCAUACCUGAUCCAGAAUGGGAAAUCAUCCUUAAUGCUAUCUCUCUUGGAUGUGGGUUUGCUGGCAAUCUUUUCUUGCUCCUAAACUUUAUGCGCAGGGUUAGGUAUAUCGUCGCAUUACCUCUAUCGAUAAUCUUCUGGUACUUGUCUACUGGCAUCCUUAUUGGUAUCUUAUUAGCUAUGAACGAGUACGUCCCACCUAUUCGUCCUGGUCAAACUUGGUCUCAGGGAUUCUGGUCCGCAGUCAUGGCAGCUUCAUUAUAUUUCAUAGGAUCAAUGGUUCUCAUGGUCAAUAUGCUUGGCUAUUUCCUAGGGCAUUACCCACAACAUUUUGAACUCGACGACGAUCAAAGAACUUUGAUCUUACAAACCAUGAUGUUCUUUAUAUGGUUAGCUGGUGGAGCUGGAGUUUACCAAACAGUGUGUGGCUUUCAAUACGCUGAUGCUCUCUAUUUUUGUGAUGUCACAAUCUUGACGGUCGGUUUCGGAGAUUUCGUACCUAACAAUGGUCUUGGUCGAGGGCUUCUUUUUCCAUACGCUGUCAUUGGUAUCAUCUUCCUUGGUCUUAUGAUCAAUAGUUUGCGCAAGUUCGCUUCUGGUAUGUCACAGGACAAGAUUGUCAAGCAUCAUACAAUGCGUCAACAACAGGAAACUUUUGGUCGGUCUGUCACGAAUGAGAAAGAGAUCCGCGACCGUCUUGGCUUACCUCCCAAAUCCGACAUACCUCGUCGUAGUGCAGUUGGAGAUUCUUCCGGAGUUUUUGGCUCAGGUUCAAUGCGUCGUCCUUCGCUUGACCGGUAUGGUCAUUUUGAUAUUCAAGGCCAAAAGAUCACUUUCCAUCAAAGGAGCUUUUACUCGUCUGGUGGUCGAGGUGGAGCUGGGCUGAAACACAAUUCAUUCACGCCUCUUAGUCGCGACGCUAAGCUUCUUAAACAUGCCGAAAACAAGACUCCUCGAGUAAAGCAUGCUAAGCGUCGAGAGAAAUUAAUUCUGCUCAGAGAAGAAAAGGAUCGUUUUGAUGCUAUGCGCCAGAUCCAGACUAAUGUCCGAAAAUUCAAGCAAUACUACGCCCUGUCCAUGUCUAUUUUCGCUUUCUCAAUUCUUUGGUGCGGAGGUGCCACUGUUUUCUGGAGAGCCGAAAAACGUGAACAAGACUUAACAUACUUUCAAGCUUUGUAUUUUUGCUAUGUUUCUCUUCUGACUAUUGGUUACGGCGAUUUCGCACCAAAAUCCAAUGCUGGGAAACCCUUCUUUGUCGUUUGGUCUUUGAUUGCGAUACCUACAAUGACGAUUCUCAUUUCGGAUAUGAGUUCUACUGUUAUAGCAGCCAUCAAUCGUGGUACAUUUACAUUAGCCGAUUGGACAAUUAUGCCUAAAGCAGGAGUUUGGCAUGAUUUUCUCAUGAAUCAUCCAAGAAUACAUGCAUGGUUAUCGAAGAAGACCAAUGAGAGAGAAGCUAAAAAGCGUAUUCGUCAUGGUUUCGAUGUGCAAAAUCCAGAUGAUAGACAAAUACCUAUAAUUGACGACGUCGAACCAGAUCUGGAAUCAUCUCUUGGUCAGGUUGUUGAGGAAAUCGAGGAACCUCCUGAACAUACCGAACAUGAUCUAGCCCGAAAAUUAGCAACAGCUAUUAAACGCGUCGCGAAUGAUCUACGAGCUGAUAAACCAAAGAAAUAUAGUUAUGAGGAAUGGGUGGAGUUCACUCGCUUAAUCAGAUUCAGCACGCACAAUGCAAAGGAAGUUGAAGAGGAAGAGGAAGAUGAGGGAUUGGUCGAAUGGGAUUGGAUUGGUGAGGAUAGUCCGAUGUUAGCGGAUGUUAGCGAGAGUGAAUGGGUAUUAGAUCGGCUAUGUGAGAGUUUGAAUAGGUAUACGAGACGACAGGGAAGAGUGACGAGAAAGGAACGGGCUGAGAUGGAUAGGAUGGAGGAGAAGGAGAAAAAACAUCCUCAUAGGAAGGCGAAGCAUGAUUUGCAUUAUCCUGCACACCCGGGACCGAGAACCCCAUGUGGCUCGAUUGAUAACCAGGAUGAGGAUGGGAAUGAUGAUGGAGAUGGAGAUGAUGGGGUGAAACGACAUGUUUUCUUUAUUGAUGAUAUUGAUGACAAGAAUACAGAAAGUCACAUACCACCUAGGAGUAGCGGAGAGGGAAAUGAGAGUGAGAACGGGAGUAAUAUUCCCGCGAAUCCAAGCUCGGGUGUCCCUAGAAGCAGAUAUGGAGAUGGAGAUGCAGACAAAGACAAAGACAAAGAUACAAUCGAAGUCCUGGGGGGCUCUAGUAGAGAUUGA